UGUAGGCCUGAGGUAGACCUUUCCCCUCAGCUCCCAGUGUGCGACCUGCCUCAGUCAGUAGCGGAAGAGGCGCGCGCUGGGCUCUGUGGGCGUGGCCUAAAGUAGUUUGCGGCCUAUCCUCCCCGCGUUAACGUCGGCGGAAGAGGCGCGUCCCACCCAGUGUGGCCUGAGGGAGACUUUUCCAGUGUGCGUCCCUCCGUGCCGAGAGCGGAAGGGGCGGGGCCUGGGCCCAGUGGGCGGGAGGAGGCGUGCGGAGGAGGCGUGUCCCGUCCUGAGGAGAAGUUUUCCCCUCAGCUCACAGUGUGCUCCCUCUAUCACUCUGUCCGUAGCGGAAGAGGCGGGGCCUGGUCUCUGUGGGCGUGUCCUAGAGUAGUUGGGGCCCUAUCCUCCCAGCGGAAGAGGCGCCUCCAGCCCCUGUGUGGGCGGGGCCUGCGGGAGAAGUUUUCACCUCAGCGCGCGGAGGAAGGAGGGAGGGAAGGAAGGAAGGAAGGAGGAGGAGGAUGUCGGUGCCGGGGGCGCGCGCGUGGGGGCCGGCCAACGGGGAGGACAACGGCGGGUACCCGGCGGGGGGUGGACUCCCUGAGGAGGACGCGGCCUCGCCCUCUUCCCCGCCGCGGGGGGGCAGCGAGGCCGAGGAGGAGAAGGGCGGCCCGGCGGCGGACUGCGGCGUGUGCGGGGACAAGUCCAGCGGGAAGCACUACGGCGUCUUCACCUGCGAGGGAUGCAAGAGCUUCUUCAAGCGCUCCAUCCGCAGGAACCUCAGCUACACCUGCAGGUCGAAUCGCGACUGUCAGAUCGACCAGCACCACCGCAACCAAUGCCAAUAUUGCCGCCUGAAGAAGUGCUUCCGUGUCGGGAUGAGGAAGGAAGCCGUCCAGCGGGGACGCAUCCCUCCAUCGCAUGCAUCCAGCCCCAACUCCAGUGCCAACAACUCCUCCUUGGUGCCCGUUGGUGGCAUUGGCUCUGAGUUCCUCAAUGGCCACCCAGUUCCAGAGCUGAUCUCGCAGCUGCUGCGGGCGGAACCCUACCCGGCCUCGCGCCUGGGCUCACAGCUGGCACACAACACUUCUUCUGGUGGCGAAGGUGGCGGGAUGAUGGGCAUCGACAACAUCUGUGAGCUGGCGGCGCGGCUGCUGUUCAGUGCAGUGGAGUGGUGCCGCGGGGUGCCGGCCUUCCCGUCGCUGCCGGCCGGGGACCAGGUGGCGCUGCUGCGGCUGAGCUGGAGCGAGCUCUUUGUGCUGAACGCGGCCCAGUCGGCCCUCCCGCUGCACCUGGCCCCACUCCUGGCUGCCGCUGGGCUCCACGCUGCCCCCCCACUGCCUGCCCCCCGUGUGGUGGCUUUCAUGGACCAAGUGCGCCUCUUCCAGGAGCAGGUGCAUAAGCUCCACGCCCUCCAGGUCGACGCUGCUGAGUACAGUGCACUCAAGGCCAUUGCCCUCUUCUCACCAGACGCGUGUGGGCUGUCGGACUCCUCGCAGGUGGAGGCACUGCAGGAGAAGGCGCAGGUGGCACUGGCAGAAUACCUACGCAUGCAGUGCCCCUCGCAGCCCCAGCGCUUUGGCCGCCUGCUGCUGCGCCUGCCCGCCCUACGCGCUGUCCCAGCCGCCCUCAUCUCGCAGCUCUUCUUCAUGCGCCUGGUGGGCAAGACCCCCAUCGAGACCCUCAUCCGGGACAUGCUUCUCUCCGGAAGCACCUUCAACUGGCCCUAUGGCCCCACCGGUGGGCAGUGACAAACCCUCCUUGCCUUCUGGAUCCAUUGGCAGGAGUCGCCUUGGAGCGGACUACAACUCCCACCAUCCUGCAAUUGCACCCACCAUCUGCACCAGUCCAUAAAGGUGGUUUGGUCCAAAACCACCCCUGGUAGGACUCUGUGGAUUGUGAUGGACUGCAACUCCUGUCUUCCGGGGUGACUACAACUCCCAGCAUCCUGAUGUUGCAGUGCUCUCUGUGGGAAACACACACACGCAUGCACGUCCCCUUGCCCUUGUCUCUGUCACGCAACGCCCAUCUGGAUCCAUUGGUGGUAGUUGCACUGGGAUGGACUACAACUCCCAGCAUCCUGCCAUUACACCCCCGAAAUGCACCAGUUAUUAAAGGCUUUGGUUUGAUCUAUCAUUGGUGGGCGUCAUAGUGCUCUCGAUCUGGAAUAUGGGUAGACUGCAACUCCCAUCAUCCAGGGCGACUACACCUCCUGCCAUUGCACCCACAAUCUGCACCAGUCUUUAAAGGUGGUUUGCGCCAAAUCCAUCAUUGGUAGGAUUCACAAUGGCUCUCUUUCUGGAAGGGGAUGGGCUGCAACACCAGCGUCACUACAAGAUCCAGGCUCCGGUGACUACAGCUCCCAAGAUCAUAUUUCACCCCAAAACCCUCCAUUACUGUUUGUUGGUCCUGAUGGGUCUGUGUGCCAAGUUUGGGUUGAUUCCAUCAUUGGCGGGAGUCACUAGGCUGUUUCAAUUGGGGUGGAUGACAAUUCCCAUCAUCCCCCACCACAGCCACCCCCAAACCCAGCCAGUGUUUACAAUUGGUCCUGACGGGUCCGUGUGCCAAGUUGGGUCCCGAUCUGUCGCCUGUUGGAAGAAAUCCCAUUGAGUACCUGCUUUGAGAAAAGGGGCCCAAGGGACGGUUUGAAAAGAAACUCGGUACCAAAGAUGUUUGGAGCGGAGGGAAGAACCCCCCCCUCAAGAAAAAGGAACUUCUAAGGGGAAAUACUCACCCUCCCACAAGGAAGAGGAGUUGCUGUGUCUGGGAGGGAGGGAGGGAGUUCCCCUUCCUUCCCCUCUUGGAGUCUCACCUACUUUGAAUGUCUGUAUGUUUCCCAUCCCCCCCCGAAAAUCAAACCUGUUGUUUUGUUCUUUUGCCCCCCCAAAGAACUUUGAAUGCAAUUUUCCUGCUUCUUGGCAGGGGGUUGGACUGGAUGGCCCAUGAGGUCUCUUCCAACGCUAUGAUUCUAUGAAAUGAUGUCUGUGAGGCCGCUGCUAUACAAAGGCCUGAUUGCCGGCAGGCUCAAAACUUUCAAGGCUCAAAACUCAUCUAUGCAAACACCCACCAUCGCUUCUUUCUUUCUUCCUUUCCUUUCCUUUCCUUUCCUUUCCUCCCUCCUUCUUUCCCUGCUUCCUUCUUUGCUUCCUUUCCCCCCUCCUUCUUUUCAUCAUUCCUCCCUUCCUUCUUCUUUUCUUUCUUUCCCUUUAUUAUUCUUCCUCUGUAUGUUCCCUUCUCUUCUCCUUCCCUCCUUUCCUUCCCUCCUUUCUUCUUGUCAGUUCCCCUCUUCCUUUCCCUUCUCCUCCUUCCCUCCUUUUCUUCCUUUUCUCUUCCUCUCUCUUUCUCUGAUUUCUUCUUCACUCUUUUCCUUCCUUUCCCAUUAUUAUCCUUUCUUCGUUCUGUUCCCUUCUCGUCCCUCCUUUCCAUCAUCCCUUUCCCUGAUUCCUUCCUUCCUCUCUUCCCCCGUCCCGUCUUCUUUCAAAUGUGAUUUGUUCCCAUCUCCUCUCUUUUCUUCUCCUCCCUUCUUUUCUUCUUUCCUUUCUUUAUUCUUGCCUUUCCUCUUCCUUUCCUUCCUUCCUUUCCCUCCCUUUUCCAUGAUUCCUUCCUCCUUCCUUCUGUUCUUUUCCCUUCUCUCUCUCUCCCUCUUUCCCUGAUUCCUUCCUUCCUCCCUUCCCCCGUCCCGUCUUAUUUCAAAUGUGAUUUGUUCCCAUCUCCUCUCUGUUCUUCUCCUCCCUUCCUUUCUUCUUUCCUUUCAUUAUUCUUGCCUUUCCUCUUCCUUUCCUUCCUUCCCCUCCCUUUUCCAUGAUUCCUUCCUCCUUUCUUCUGUUCUUUUCCCUUCUCUCUCUCUCUCCCUCUUUCCCUGAUUCCUUCCUUCCUCUCUUCCUCCGUCCCUUCUUAUUUCAAAUGUGAUUUGUUCCCAUCUCCUCUCUGUUCUUCUCCUCCCUCCCUUUCUUCUUUCCUUUCAUUAUUCUUGCCUUUCCUCUUCCUUCCCUUCCCUCCCUUUUCCAUGAUUUCUUCCUCCUUCCUUCUGUUCUUUUCCCUUCUCUCUCCCCCCCUCUUUCCCUGAUUCCUUCUUUCCUCUCUUCCCCGUCCCUUCUUCUUUCAAAUGUGAUUUGUUCCCAUCUCCUCUCUUUUCUUCUCCUCCCUUCUUUUCUUCUUUCCUUUCUUUAUUCUUGCCUUUCCUCUUCCCUUCCUUCCUUCCUUCCUUCCUUCCUUCCUUCCUUCCCCUCCUUCCCCUCCUUCCCCUCCCUUUUCCAUGAUUCCUUCCUCCUUCCUUCUGUUCUUUUCCCUUCUCUCUCUCUCUCCCACUUUCCCUGAUUCCUUCCUUCCUUUCUGUCUCUAAGUCACUCUUUCAUUUCCCUUCUUCUUCUUAAUGUGAUUCGUUCCCAUCUUUCGGUGCACUCUCAAAGGCCUAGAAAGCCCCAAAUGUUUCACUUGUCCUUCCUUUCCUUCCGUUUCUUUCCUUUCCAUUACUUCCUUCCAUCUCUUUUCUUCCCCUUUCUCUUUUCCUUUUGUUCCUUUCUUCUCUCCUCUCUUCUUCCUUUCCUUCCUUCUCAUUCUUUCCGUUUUCUUCCCUUCCUUCCCUUCCUUUCGCUUUCUCUGCUCAGCAAAAGAGACCUGAAGGAGGACCAGAAAAGGGCCGCUGAUUGUGAAUUGUCUUAAUUUGUUUGCAACUAUUUCUGUUUCCGGUUUCCCUCUUUUGUUCUGAUUGAUGCUCAACCAAUGAAUCAAUAAAAAUAAUUCUUCUUUCUUA